AGAGAGAGAGAGAGAAAUAGGGAGAUAUCCCGUAAAUUAUUGAGAAAUUGAUCAAUUCAGACAAGAAUCACAUGUACCAACUCAAGUGCUUAUACAAAUAAAUAUUGUUAGUGUUUACUUGCCUUUACAAGGUGUAUAGAAACUUAUGGUUUAUAUAUAUAUAUAUAUAUAUGUAUAUAUAUAAACGGUGGUCGAUGACUUGCAUUCCCAAGCAAGUAUAUGUAUAUCUCCCGCAAAGAAUACAAGCUCAACUUUCUCAAUGCACAUAAGCUGAUAUAUAAGGAAUAAGCUAUAUAUGUGCACGCUGGAUGUGGAUGUGGAUCAAGCAACACUUAAUUAUUCAAGUAUAGUUGUUUCGUUAAUUUACUUGAAAGGAAAUAGAAAAGCGUUAUUAUGGAUACAGAAUCUGAUGACUCAGAGCGGUGGGAAGACUUUUUUGGAAGUUCUACUGAGUUGGCACCGUCAGUUUUGGGUAUUUACGAUACUUUAACGACUGAAUUAGAUGGCAGAAGCUCGGAAAGCAAUCCUUGUAUAUCAGAUAAUAGUGACGAGGUUUCACUUGCUUCCAGAUCAGAUGCCAUAAAAAAAAUUAUAACAAAUUCAAAUGUGACAAGUGACGAUAAACUUCUAAGUGUUCAAACUUUAUUCAAACAAAAUGAUGAAAAUGUUAACGAAAUUGCGAGUUGCAUGCCUUCGCAGUUUAGUACGAGUUUAGACGGAAGUGCAGUGAAAAGUGCUAUCUGCGAAAUUACAAACAAUAGUUUAUCAGACUCAAGUGAAUCGUUAACCGCGAUCAGUGGCCGCAAUACACCGAAUAAACAUCGCACCAAUAUAAGAGUAUUAUCACCAAAUGUUCAACGUAUUAUAACACAUUCCGAUAUAGAACCGGUUGAUGCUGUCGACAUUAUUGCUCUGAAUAAUCCACCAAAAAGUCCCCUACCUAAUCGUUCGUUACGAAAGAUACCUGUAUGCAACAUUAGCAACAAGGUUAAACUUUCUCAUAUUCCUCUUUCGAAGAUUACAGGCAAACUUACCCUAGCUGGGAAUGAUAUUGUAGAGACUUUCAGUCAGGACGGUAAUAGCGAUGCUACCGAGAAUUUAAGGAAAACAUCUCCAAAAUGUAUUGACAAACUUUCCACCGAUAAGGCGAAAACAAUUUCCAAACAGAGUCUAUUUGCGGCAAAAGAAACUUCACAAAUUCCCGUAAAGUAUAUCGUGCCGGGAAAUAGUUUACUUGAAGAUAUCACCUUUGAAUUAGCUUCACAAGACGAAACGAAAAGUCUGACAUGUUUCGAACUGGUUAAAACCUCUACGCAGACCUUACGGAGCGAAGGAUACGAAAAGUCUUGUGCGAAAGAGCAGAUAAAAUGUUCGCCGUUGGUGCGAACAUUAUCGGCUUUGACACCAUCUGGCGGUAUUGAGAGAGAAUAUUGGCGGACAGAUUCGGAGCGACAGGAAAGUAUAAAUCAGCAAAAUGCUAAAAAUGCGCUUCAGACGACCGGGGAAAGUCAAAAAUUGAAAUUUUCCCCAAAAGAAGCGCAAAAAAUGUGCAAUUUAAUCUUACCAGAUUUAGCAAGACUUAAGCAUAGACCUUUAUCAUCUUUAUCAAUAUGUUCGACAUCAUCCAGUUCCAGUUCGGGAUCUGGUCUCGAUCAUCUCGGUUGUAAACAUAGUACAUCUUAUCUCGCGAGCGUCGAAAGCCUAGCUGAUCAAAGCGAAAAUGAGCUAAUGGAAGUUCCGACGGGAAUGUCUGUUUUUGAACGGGCUUGCUUGGAAAUUGUCGACUCUGAAAGAAGUUAUGUCAAUGAUCUCGGUGAAGUUAUCCAAGGAUAUCUUUUUGAUUGGAAAGAGAGGGCUUGCUUGCGCUACGAUGAGUUGAAGGUUUUAUUCUCCAAUAUUGAAGAGAUUUAUGAAUUUAAUGUUGCCUUACUUAAGAAACUAAUUGAUUCUGGUCUCGAUCCAGUGAAAAUUUCCGCAUGUUUUAUUGAAAUGAAAAAUCGUUUUGAGGUCUACACCACCUAUUGUACCAGUUAUCCCGAUGCCAUUCAAUUGUUAACAAAAUUGCUGCAGGCAACUCAUACCAAUGCUCUAUUAACGUCUACACAAAAAUUAUUGCAACAUACACUGCCCUUAGGAUCAUAUUUACUAAAACCAGUGCAAAGGAUUUUAAAAUAUCACUUACUCUUGGAUAAUUUAAGGAAACACUGCGACAUCAAAGAGGUAAUGCAGGCUUAUGAGAUUAUGAGACAAGUGGCGCGAAAUAUUGAUCAAGUGAAAAGGAAACUGGAACAACAAACGAGAGUUAAAGAGCUAUCUGGCAUCUUAGAUGGUUGGUUAGGUCCAGAAUUAACGGUGUUAGGGGAAUUGCGAUUAGAAGGUGUGCUAAUGGAAAGCAAUAAACCCCGGAAAGUUUUAUUAUUCUCGUCGAUGUUAAUUAUAGCCAAAGCCAAAGAAGAUAAUCGUUUACAAUUCAAAAGUUAUAUACAUCAAAACAAUCUUAUGUUGAGCGAACACUUGGCUGGCGAACAAACUAGCUUUUAUAUAAUUCCGUAUGACGAGCCUCGCAACCAAAUUAAAUUAACAGCUAAAAGCCGCGAUCAGAAACGAUUGUGGACUCAGCAUAUAAAAAGUGUCAUACUUGAAAAAUUUGAUAAUAUUCCGCCGAGAGCUAAGGAAUUAGUUUAUCAAUUGGGCGACGAAGAAGAUCAUUCUGUAGACAAGCACUCAUGGAAAUGGAGUCUUACGUCGACAUCAACACCCACUUACCUAGAGAGACGAAAUCAAUAUCGGCGCAGUGAAAUGCGCAAUCGAUCGAAAAUUAAAAGGAAAACCAUAUCAAGUCCUAAUACAUUUCAUAAUCUUAACGAUGUUGGUUAUACCGAUUCCGAGACCGUUUUAAAGCCCAUUUCGAAGAGUUCGGAUAGCAUUAACGAUAAACGUUUGUUAGACAUAGACACAAGCAUAGAGGAAGAGAUUCAAAAUUCCGGUGAAGAGUGUAAACAAUGCAAGCAUCGUAAUGAAGAAUCCUGCAGACAUUUUGGAUCCUCGAGGCAAUUCAAACGAAUGUUGGCACUUGGCAGCAAACCGCUCAAGGAACGCAGUAAAUCAGUGCCACGUAUGAGCGUAAGCACCCGCAAACCAAAUGCAGCCGCUUUAGCCGAGGAAAGUCCAUCGAAAAGCUCGGUUAUGAAAUUUGAAGAAACUAAAUCGUACAGUCACAAAACAUUUCCGAAGAGAAUAACAUCGUUGCGAAAACAACGUUGCAACAACAAAAAGGAAACAUCGACAUUUUAUAUGACAUUAAGCGAAUUUGAAGAUGCAAGCACAACAGUCCUAAAGAUAACUGAAUCGUCGGAGAACAUAUCAAAUCCCAGUCAACUUGAUAGUGAUAUAAAAUCUGAAAAAUAUGUCAAUUUAAUGCUUUCGAAUGUAAGCGACAGUUAUGAAGGAAUCGUGGAUGCGAAUCACAAAGCAAGCGCGCGAAUAUCUGCGGAAAAGGUGAAACAAGACGCACAGAUUGUUUUAGAUCUCUUAAGAGAUAGCAAAGAAUUCAAUCGUUUUUGUUGUAAAUUACAAAAAAAACGAUCGACAGAGAAAAAUUGCAACUCAUCGAAAACUUCUGCAGAGAAAGUGAAUGAAUCGAUUGUUAAUGAUUUACCGCCUAGACCGCCAUCAAAAUCCCCGCCACCUUUAGAAAUUGAAAAUGAGUUUAAAAGGGAACCGUCAUCCUAUGAAAGCGAGCCAAUCUAUGAAACUUUGCGACGAAAUGUACAUGUCCCGUAUAAAUUCUCACCUGUAUUUUCCCGUUCGAAAUCUGUACAAUGCCCUAAAGGGCGAGAAAAAUGUAUAGAACCUGCAGCUAGUUCGGAUUCAGAUUACGUAACACUCAUCUACCCGAAGGAUGACGAUGCGUGUCGGUAUGAAAGUCAUAGCAAAACAAAUAGCGUUGAGAAAAUUAUUGGUCGAGAUACUCAAGGAAGUUCCAAAGCAAAAAACUCAACUAAUCCCAUAUUAACUGAGAAAUGUGAUAGUUUUCUUAAAACGCGGGCAAUAAAAAAUAAUUCUACUACGGUAGCCGUGACAACAAAGUCUACGCAAAGCGUACAAGCGUCGAAAAACCGCGUCCGAAAUUUAUUAAGAAGUUCAACAUCAACUUCGAUUACGGAGGAAUCUUUUCCUAAAGGACAGAAUCGCUCAAUACUUCACUUACAAGGUAGCGAGGCAGUUGGAGAACGCAUCGCACAUCUAGACUAUGCCGAUCCUCGAUCUUUAUUCAUAAUAACAAAAUCAGAUACAACCACUACGUUGCAACGGGAUUCAGUAUUUUCAUUAACUUCUUCCAAUGAUAGCGUGUGCGAGCAAAAACGUUUGAACAGUAAAUUUGCCGAUUCUUCGCAAAAUUUUGAAUACGAGCAUUGCGUUGAGGCUACUCUAGAAAAUGAUUUCCGCGAUUCGGCAAUAUACAGUGACGAUAAUGAAAGACGUAUAGAUCCAGCCCAACAAAUCCCAUCAUAUUUAUCAAGUCUACAGAACACUUAUAAACCGCCAGUGCCGCCCAAGAUACUCUCAACUGCUACAGCGAACGGACCAUUACAGAUUUCCAAGUUACUACGAGAGACUCCAAAAACCGAAGCGACAAUCAAUCCAUCAUCACGUGCUAAUUCAGCCAUUGCAAGAAAGUGGAUACUAUAAUAAAAAAAAAAAAAAGAAGAAAUUUUAGCAAUUCAUUCAUAAUGCUUUCUUGGUAUAGAAAACGAGACCCAAAUGGUCCCAAAACACCUUUAUACUCACCACAGAAGCAUAAUGGUGUGGCUCUUUCCUCUUCCGUAUCUGAUGUUCGGAAUGACUCCUUAGUGAUUCUGUAUUUAGAGAGGAUUGACAAAAUAAUACGAAGCCCUGACAUCUAUACAAUAAUUAUUUAUUAAAAAGGUGUGGACCGCUACCAUUUUGCAUGUAGAGCAACUGCAGCUACUUCGCGGAAUGAAUUCGUAGAAUGUGCGAGAGUUUACAUAUAUAUGCAUGCAUAUAACGAUUAUAUUUUGGCAUUUGCCAAAGUUUUUGCAUGCAUUCCAAUUCGGUAUGUGUAUAGCCAUCUUCGUCCGUCCAUCUGUCCAUCUAAAUGUAGAACUCUUGCGGUCCAAAACAUUGAGAUAGAAAAUCGGAACUUGGCACAUUUUCAAGUCUACAAAUUACAAUUUGAGUACAAGCAAAUACAUAUGCAAAUAGAUUACAAGCAGGGUUUGAAAAGCUGGGAAAAAACAUUCUUUUGUCAACAAAUUUGAAGGUUAAGCCGCUUGUCGUUUCGAAAUUUGGCAACUACGUCUAUUAAAGUAUUUCAUAGCAAUCCGCAUCAACUUAAUGAUAGAUCCAGAAUUAAUAGACAACUUUUUGUCACUUACACACAAUGCUUAAAGUGGUGGAUAUCUAGAGAUUCGUUCCAUAGCGAAUAUAACUUUUUUUUUUUUUUACUUGUUCUAAAAGUAGAAAGAACACAUAAGUGCACAUAUGAUAAUAUACAUUUAUCUUAUAUAUUUAUAUAUAUAUAUAUAUAUAUGAGAAUGUAUACUGUGUGCAAUAUCGCUUUCAUCGAAAAGCAUAAAAGCAUAAAAGCAUAAAGGAGAUCGUUAUACGAGAAUAUAUUAUUAUAUAUAUAUAUAUAUAUAUAUGCAUUGCAUUUACAUUCACUUGCAUUCAUCUACAUUUGUUAGCUCUCUUGACAACUCAUUAACUGUAUUUUAAAAGUAUUAUGCACAUUUAAAUUAUUAAAUGAAUAAAAGAAUAAUAUCUCAAUUGAACACAUUCGACCAUACAUUGAACAUUAAUGAUAAUCUUAUCUUUUUGAUCGUGUUGUUGUCGACGCUGGUUGAAAAAAAAAAAACAAAAAAAAAAGAAGCAAAUCCGAUUCAUUUACUGUCUACUCCAUUAAGCUGAUAUCUAUUUACAUAAAAACGCAUCAACUAUCAUCACGAAUUGACCGGAUAUUUUCGCAUAUAGACGGCGUCUGUAAGCAAUAUGAUGGCGAACGAAGUCACAAUCUCACGUUGUGUUAACCAUAUGUCUCGUAUUUCUACGUAAAGAAAAUGAA